AUGGCGCGCACGCCCGACUUCGCCGCCGGACUGUUGACACCCAAUGCCGCCGGCGGCACCAUAACUAGCACCAUUGCGAGCGGCAUAACCCUCCAAUUGGAUGCGCGCGCCUAUGCGAUGGCCUCCGUUGCCGUUGCCCUCGAACAUCAACAACAACAACAGCAGCAGCAGCAGCAGCAACAACAACAGCAGCAGCAGGCGGCGCGCGACGCCACCGAUGACGAGGUGGAGCUGUACGCCAGCUUUGAUAUGGCGCCCAGCACCAGCCGCGUUGCCGCCCAAAUGCAGGCGGCCAAGGAGGCAAGGCGGAAGCGUUGGGCCGCCGACGGCGCCAGCGGCAGCAGCGACGGCGGCUGUGCCAGUGGCAGCAGCGGCAGCGGUAGGCGUUAUUAAAUUGGAAAACAAAAAAAAAACAAAAA